CCGUGACGCUUAAGAAAGGUGUUCUCAUCAUCUGGUCAAUGUUAUGUUUUAGUGAUUGAUGGUGAUUAAGAAUUCCGAAUAUGGGGAAAAUUAAGAAAAAGAAUGAGAAAAAGGCAGACAAGUUGUCAGUGGAUACCUCUGAAGAUUCAAACUCCAAGAUCUCAUCUGUAUCUGCUUCUCCAACUGAAGAACUUCCUCCUCCUUCCCCUAAAAUUGUUUCUGAGGACCAGCCUGCAAAGAGUGAGGAGCCCCCCACCGAUGUGCCUACCAUUGUCCCUUCUCCAGCGCUGUAUGAGGAACCUGUUCCAACUCAGGUUAUUAUAGAAAAGUAUGAAGGGGAGUUGGUGCAUGGACUGUAUGAAGGAGAAGGAGUUGCUUAUUAUAAAGAUGGAAAUGUUUACACAGGCUCAUUCUCUGAGGGGCUUAUGCAUGGCAAAGGAACAUAUACAUGGACAGACGGAGUAAUAUAUGAGGGUCAGUUUUGUAAGAACAAACCAAUGGCACAUGGCAUAUAUAAGUGGCCUAAUGGCAGUCGUUAUGAAGGACAGGUGAACGAGGGCAUCAGACAUGGGACCGGCAUUUACAUAUCUAGUGAUCAGCAGAUCUCAUAUGUUGGUGAAUGGUGUAUGGGCAAACGCCAUGGCAAGGGUGUGAUGUAUUAUGAUUCAGAGGAAACAUCCUGGUAUGAAGGGGAUUGGGUGCACAAUAACAAAGAAGGCUGGGGAGUACAGUGUUUUAAGUCAGGAAACCUCUAUGAAGGCCAGUGGAAGAAUAACAAGUUACAUGGAGUGGGGAGGAUGAGGUGGAUUAUCUCCAAUGAAGAAUACAUAGGCCAGUGGGAGAAUGGCAUACAGAAUGGUCAUGGAACCCAUACCUGGUUCUUAAAGAGAGUGCCUGGAUCACAGUACUCUUUGAGAAAUGAAUAUGUUGGGAACUUUGUCAAUGGUCAACGUCAUGGACAUGGUCAAUAUUUCUAUGCCAAUGGUGCAAUGUAUGAUGGGGAUUGGCAAAACAAUAAAAAACAUGGCAUGGGCAAGUUUGUUUUUAAGAAUGGGAGGAUCUAUGUUGGUGAAUUUGCAAAUGAUCAAAUAUCUGAAUAUCCAAAUUUCAAAUAUGAUAGAGUGAACACUCCUGAUCUGAGUGGAAUUCGUACCCAGAGUCCAGGUGGUGCAGGUAUUUUAAACUCCUCCACAACUAAUUCAGGGAUACCAAGUUUAGCAGGGUCCUACAUCGAGCUUGACAUAACAUCGUUGUUGAAUACAUUUCCAGAGAAUGAGCGAUCAGAGGAGCUGAAGCAGGUAGAAUAUGGUAUCCUGCGGAACCUUACAGGGCUGAAGAAGACAUACAAGUAUUACAGCAGUCUAGGGAAUGAGAACUGCUUUGAUAAUGCUUUCCUAAUGACAAAAUUACAAUUUUGGAGAUUUCUAAAAGACUGCAAGUUCCACCACCAUGACCUUACACUUUCUGGAAUGGAUCGCAUACUGACUGGAAAUGACUAUCCUGAGGAGGUACACUCCCCCUAUGCUACAAUACUGCUUCGUACAUUCCUGACAUAUAUUGUCUAUUUGGCCUAUCACAUCACUCGUGAAGAGAAUCCAGGGAAAAAGGUUUCCCUUGUGGACUGCUUUUCUAAAAUUAUGGCACAAAAUAUAUCACCUAAUUCAUGUAAUGUGAAAGGGCUUUUAUUCCAUGAAGCCCAGAAGACGGAGUAUGCAAUGUCUUACAUUGACAAGUGUUGGGACAUUUACAAAAGUUGCUGCCAGGAAAAUAAAUCCCCACCUUAUGAACCCACUAUGACCAUGAGGCGUUUCAUCUGGAUGAUGAAUGACUUCAAAAUCAUAAACCAAGAUCUUACUGUUACGAAGAUUGUGGAAAUCUUAGCUGAGGACGACCCCUCUGUGCAUAAUGGCAAUGAAAUCAAUCUUGAGCUGGAGCUUACAUUCCUUGAGUUCUUUGAGGCGCUGUUUGGCUGUGCGAUCACCUAUGUCACGGAUGAGCUAUUAAGUCAGUCACUCAGUGAACUUCCUCAAAGUGAACAAAGUCAACUGUCUGUUACAGAUGAGAUCCCAGAAGAUGUAUCAGAUCAUGUGCUAGAUCAUCCGCAGCUGAAUAAGACUGAUUAUGUGAUGCUAGAGCAGGAUCUGAUUAAUGCCUUAAAAACAAAUGAGAAACGGAGCCCACCUCUUCCUUUCCAAUCCACCAAAAAACUGCAGAGGAAAGGUGCAACUGAUAAGUGGUUCCACCAGAUCAACGUAUUUUUUCUGAACAUAUUCUUCCCGGCCUACGAACAUUUAGAAGAACUGAAGGCUGAAAUCCCGAAAAACAAAAUGAGACAAGCAGAACAGGCACGACUGCAGCAGAUCAAGGAAAUAGAAGAAGCAAGACUUAAAGCACUGAAGGCAGAAGAGGAAGCCAAAAGGAUUGAGCAGAUGGCGAUAGAGAGAGCUAGUGCUUUAAAUGAAGAUAUGCAGACGUCCAAAGACCAGACAGAUGACAUCAAAAGUGGACAAGACCUAAUCACACAUAAGGAUGACAUCUCCAUCCCUCCAUCUACUGCUGGUACAAAAAAGACUGCCACAGCAGGCAAAAAGAAGAAAAAAUAAGAUUGUUUUAUGGCGUAUCCCUGUUUAAGAAAUUCAUAUAAACUUUAUGUUAAAAAUA